AUGAGCUUCGGUGACAUCUUGGAGGAUGUUGGCAGCAUUGGAAAAUUCCAAAUCAUCUACGUUUCCUUACUGGCAUGCCCAGCUUUGAUCUUGACUAUGCACAACCUGCUUCAGAACUUUUUGGCUGCUGUACCCGACCAUCACUGCCGGGUCCGUUUGGAAGUGAACGGCUCGAGACCCGCCAACGCUACAACCACGCUGCAGGCACAGGAGCUUCUCCGCGCUUUCAUCCCUCUGGACCGGAAUCAGCAGCCGGAGCAAUGCCGUGUGUAUUCCUCACCUCAGUGGCACCUGCUGGACCCCAACGCGACCUGGCGAAACACAACCGAGUACGACACGCAGAUAUGCACUGACGGGUGGACGUACGACCGCUCCCAGUUCAAAACCACGGUUGUCACAGAGUGGGAUCUGGUGUGCGAUCAGAAAUCUCUGAAAUGGAUCUUGCAAUCAGUCUACAUGGCUGGCUUGCUGAUGGGAGCCAUAAUACUGGGCAGACUUUCGGACAAGUUUGGGCGGAGGACUCUCUUACUCUGGAGCUACUUCCAGUUGGCAGCCUCUGGGACGUGCGGGGCUUUCUCCACUUCCUACCCCUUGUUCUGCUUCUGGAGGUUCCUCUGCGGAAUGGCAACAUCUGGAAUCAUACUUAACACUUUCUCACUCAGAGUUGAGUGGAUCCCUACAAGAUUUCGAACUUAUGCUGAAAUGGUUAGCAGCUAUAUUUACACGUCCGGUCAAAUUCUCCUGGCUGGCAUAGCGCACGGAAUCCAACAUUGGCGUUGGCUUCAGUUUGCCAUCUCUGUUCCGUUUUUCUUCUUCUUGUUUUAUUCCUGGUGGUUCCCGGAGUCCGCCCGUUGGCUCAUUCUAAACGACAAGGCUGAUGUAGCUCUAAAACAGCUCAGGAGGGUGGCGAAAUUGAACGGCAAGGAGGCAGAGGGGGAAAAACUCACCACCGCAAUUCUCAAGUCAAAAAUGGAAAAUGAGCAGUUGGUCACGAAGAAUAAACGCAGCGUGCUAGAUCUGUUCCGGACUCCUGUUGUGCGCAAGAUAGCCUGUUGUACUAUGCUUGUUUGGUUUGCAACAGGCUUUGCAUAUUAUGGGUUAGCGAUAGACCUGCAAGGGUUCGGAGUUGACAUUUACCUCAUCCAGUUCAUUUUUGGUGCCGUUGACAUUCCAGCAAAAACUCUUGGUUUCGUUUCCAUGAAUCUGAUAGGAAGACGGUUCACUCAAGGGACUUCCCUUAUCCUGGCAGGGAGCCUUAUUCUGACAAACAUCUUUGUCCCAAAAGAGCUUCAGGCCUUGCGAACUUCAUUUGCUGCAGUUGGGAAAGGAUGUCUCGCGGCUGCGUUCACCUGUUGCUAUCUCUAUUCAGGCGAACUCUACCCAACCGUGGUCAGGCAGACAGGGAUGGGACUCGUGAGUACGAUGGCUCGGCUGGGAGCCAUGAUAGCACCUAUUAUAAGGAUGAGCGGUGACUAUGUUUCAUUUCUACCGCUGACUAUAUACGGUGGAGUAGCAAUCGUAGCUGGAAUUGCUGCCUUCAAUCUACCGGAAACACGGCAGGUUCCCUUGCCAGAAACUAUCGAAGAAAUAGAAAACAGGAGGAAGGGUUUAGAGGAGGAGUACUAG